CUUGACAACUUCCCAUCACCCUCCUCCUGCGGCCAGGGCGAAGGAAAAAUGAAGGCAGCCAUGUUGUAGUAGUGUAGCUGAGGGUAGGGGAGAUAGAGACAGUCAGAGACCUGAAAAACGACCCGACUCCAAAUCCACAUCCAUCCGCUGUCAGAGGAGACUAGCAGCACUCGGAGCAAACAUGAGCGGGGGGACGCCAUAUAUCGGCAGCAAAAUCAGCCUCAUCUCGAAGGCUGAGAUACGCUACGAAGGAAUUUUAUACACUAUCGACACUGAGAACUCGACCGUCGCACUCGCCAAAGUCCGUUCAUUUGGUACGGAGGAUCGACCAACUGACAGACCUAUUCCUCCUCGAGAUGAAGUGUUUGAAUACAUCAUUUUUCGGGGCAGCGACAUCAAAGAUCUCACUGUAUGUGAGCCACCCAAACCGCAGUGCUCGCUGCCUCAGGACCCUGCAAUCGUCCAGUCAUCACUUGGGACCUCGACAGCUUCUUCAUUCCAGUCUGUUGGAUCCUAUGCGCCAUUCAGCAGGAUGCCUGCCUACAGUCAGUUUAGCCCCAGCCCAUUGGUGGGACAGCAGUUUGGGGCUGUAGGAGUGGGUAACUCUUUGACAUCUUUUGGUACAGACACUACUGCCCCUGCAUCACUCUCCCAGAGCAAUACAAUUGGUUCUGCUUUUUCCCCUGACACACGUUCACUGAAAACACAGUUAACUCAAGGAGGAUCUACUGAGACUUCCGUUCCAUUUGCAGGGAUGUCGUAUCGGCAGGCAGCAGCAAAGCAUUUGGUCAAUAAGCAACAGAAGACAAAUAUACAUAAAAGUCGCUCGAGCCCCCCACUUGACCCUCUGAGGAAAAGCCCGACCCUGGAGCAGGGGGUACAGACUGCCCCAGCCGCUGCCCCUGCUCCCCCAGCACCUGCGAGCAGGAGGAGCCCAGCACCAGCCCGGCCUGUUCCCUCCACCAACCAGAAACCAGCAGAUACCCAGGAACAGAGACGGGACACACAGAAAAUGGCACGGCCUGAUGCAGAUCAAGUCAGGAAUGAAAACCGUGAGCCCAACAAGAGGCAACCAGGCAUAUUUGAUGGGCCUCCUUCUGCAAGGCGGGGCCGUGGUGGACAUCGUGGCAGAGGCAGAUUUGGUGUCAGGAGAGAUGGCCCGAUGAAGUUUGAGAAAGACUUUGACUUUGAAAGCGCCAAUGCCCAAUUCAAUAAGGAGGAAAUUGACAGAGAAUUCCAGAAUAAACUCAAAUUAAAAGAUGACAAGCCUGAAAAGCCAGAAAAGGCAGUGAAUGGUGAAGACAAGGGAGACUCUGGGGUUGAAACUCAGAACAGUGAAGGGAAUGCAGAUGAAGAGGAGGCACCGGGACCCCAAUGUUACUACGACAAAUCCAAAUCCUUCUUCGACAACAUCUCCUGCGAUGAUACGAGGAAAGCGGCAGAAAAAUCAGGAGUACCAUCUUUUCCAAGGGAGAGGAGACAGACCUGGGCAGAAGAGAGGCGGAUGAACGCAGAGACCUUUGGUAUCCCGUUACGCCACAACCGUGGUCGCGGUGGUUUCCGAGGCCGUGGAGGAAUGGGGUUCCGUGGGGGGCGGGGCCGCGGCGGGGGACGUGGAAUGUUUGGAGCCCCGCGUGGUGCUUUCCGUGGAGGAUUCAGUAGAGGACGUGGAGGAAGAGAGUUCUCAGACUUUGAAUACCGGAAGGACAACAAAGUGGCUGCAUAGUAUACUGGAAAGAUGGAUCCAAAAAAUUCAGCUCUUCAUGGUCCAGAGAAUUUUGUUCAAUUAUAACUUUUUGACAAUAAGAAUGAAGAAAUGUUUUUGCUGUAUAUUUGUCACCAGCACUGGGGUAGUGCUCGGGUAGUCACCAGCACUGCUUGAUUUCAGAGGGUUUUUGCAGUUUUUUUUUUUUUGUUAUGAUAAAACAUCUUUGAAAUGUUAAGCUACAUGUUUGAAUAUCAGCAGAAGGAUAAGUAAAUUUCUUAUGUAUAGAUACAGUACUUCAGUAAAACUAUUCAGUAUUUUUGCAUCAAUAUUGAAGUUUUUUCUUAAAAUGUAUUUGAUAAUAUUCUGUUAGUUGUAACGAAAUGUAUGCAGAAGGCCGUUGAUACUGUGAUGAAAGUACUUUGAUCACUGAAAUAGCUUUAUUUUUGGAUAUAUCCUGUAAUGUACCUUAGAAGCACCACAUUUCUGUAUAUAGCUACUGGUUUACAACGUUCUGAAAAAGUUUAACUUCAAAUGUCAUUGUACCCUGUAUAAAAUAGCCUGGUUCUUGUAGGUUGAGGUUAUUUGGUAAGCUUAAGAGCAAAACAGUGUAGAAAUGUAAUUGCUUCUGUGGAACCCUCAAUUAAGCAUAGACUAUGUGAUGUAUGAUAUUGUGAGCAGAAAUGCAUUUCAUUUGACCUAGGUUAUGAAUCUUGACAAAAGGCUUAUUCACACUGCAUGCAAACGGGGCAACGUGGUGCACAUGGAAAGCAAUUAGUUAUUGGUUUUGACCAGUGAAGUAUGAGUAAUUGCCUUUUUAUAUUGUUUGAAUAGUUUUUAUUGUAUUUAUGUAACUUUCAGUAAAAUACAAUUUAACAAGAAUUUUAUUUCAGGUGUUUAGUUUUCAUGUCUUCUGUUAGUCUUUCUAACCCGGUAAAGAGAAAUUCCUAUAAUUAACAACUGGCUUGCACUGCUGAAUUUAUAGGCCCAGUUCUACUCCACUUCCAUAGUGUUUUGGUGCUCCAAACGCUUUGGUGUGUGUGUCUAUAUAUAAGAUAUAUAUAUAUAUAUAUAUAUAUAUAUAUAUAUAUAUAUAUAUAUAUAUAUGAUAGAUAGAUAUAAAAAUGUAUGUAGCUGCCUUGCAUGGCACACAGUGUGAAUGGGCCUUUAGAUGUGGUAGUCUCUCUAAGUUGGAUGUUGGGGGCAGCUGAGGUACCCUAAACUAACUUUAUAGUAAGUAUUGGUGGAAAGUGAAAGACUGGUGGGUUGACUUAAUCUUAAGGUGAGCCAGUUUAGUAAAAUGCUAUUUGGAUGCAGCAGUGGCUGUUUUUACCAGAUUAGCAGACCUUCUGUAAAUGGAUAGUUUAUUAAAAGUAGCCUCUAUGGCACAUAACAGGAUUUUUUCAAAAAAAAAAAAAAGUAUAGUUCAGACAGUAGUUGUGUAUAAAAAGGUCUUCAAUGUCGCUGGAACGGUGCAAUUAGCUUUAAUUGGUAGGAAAAUGCUUUGUUAGUGGGAUCAGAACAUACUGCAAAACGAGACUUCAAAUUUUCCUUCUGCCGUGUGUGAUUUGAAUGAUACAGCCCUAUGGUUUUCUCUCUUGUUACAAUUUGCAUAGGUAUUCUACUUAAACAUUCAAUACUUGCUUUCAACAAGUCCCAUAUUGUUUGGGAAUGCUCAUGUUUAAAUAUUAUAGAUAAGAUAAAGCACUGGUAUUUUGAGGUGCCCACUAAAGGGUUCUGUCCAGUAUCUGAAUUAUUCUCAAAGUAUGUUCAAGCAUUGUAAUGUGGUCAUUUUUUUUCUGCGCAGAUCACUGGAAUAAUAAAGGGAUCCAAAGAUAUAUUUAAAAGAAAGAGAAAAAAAGUUUUAAUCAAUACUUUAUGUAUAACAUUGUUCUCACGAAAGUUGUCUCAGUUGGGGUGGGGUGCACACUUGAAAGAAAUAUUUUAAAUAAGUUUAAUAGCUGAUGAAAAUAAAUUACAGUUACAUAAAAGCACUACAAGGAAACCUACAUUAGGUAAGGAAGAAAAAUAGGGCAGCUAGUACAAAUGUCCAGUAGUUUAAUAAAUGUGCAGCUUGACUGGAGCUAGUAGUGAGCACAUGAAACACUGCAUGUUUACAGCCAUGCCCUGUGACUUGCCACAAUCAUGAUACUGAACAGCUUUGAGGUUUUCCGCUAUAGAGGCAGUUGCUGUAUUUUGUUGCAAUAACUAUGUAUAAUGUUACUGAAAUGUCCCAUGCUAAUUUAAGCAAGAUUUAAAGCUGUAAAUAAUACCAAAAAUGCUGUAUGCUGUGAAGGUAUGAAUAGAAGCAUUUCUCUUCUUAAACUCUGGAUGAGUAAAGAACAUUUACAGCAUGGUGUACUUUUGGUGUGCUUCACCAGACUGACAAGUGAGGUUUUUAUUCAAUGCUGAGAAAACAGUUGUUCAGUGUGUUGACUGUCUUUGUAGUCUGUUUACAUGUCUGGAAAUGACCGAGCUGCAGUAAAAACCAGUGGUCCUCCAAAACUGGUCACUGGGCACCCAAGGCGCUUUCAGACCCCCCCCCCCCCCCCCCCGUCCUGCCCGCCACCCAUGAACACUUGCUUUAGUUUUUUUCUAGGCAGCAGCCACAUUAACCAGCCUACAAAUCUCAAGCAUUACUGCUGAAGUAAGAAAGAUGUUGUAUUAUGUUUAAAAAACUAUUUUUAAAUGUUUGGGCAAUCAAAGUGAUUUAUAGUAUCGCACUAGAGCCCGCAAUGACUUUGUUUUAGCCGAUGUGGCCCUCGACAAGUUUUUUGUGAGGACCACUAGUAUAGACAACUGCUGCAAAGAGAUUUUGAUCUUCAGGUAUCUUGGAUAUAGGAGCUGAUGCACCUCACCCAGCAGCUCAACACAUUUUAUAAGUGUUUUAUUUGUUUUUUUCCUCAUAAAUGCAAAUGGAAUUUGAACUUUUUUUUUUGGGGGGGGGGGGGUUGACAAGAUCUAACAAUAAAUAAAUCAAUACAUGUAUGUAAAAAUAAACAUUCUUAAAGCAUUGAAUAAAGUUGUAAUGUCA